CGUCUGAUGGCUUUCGGUGAAACAGAAAUAGCUCCGUAGUUGGUUAAUUUAUUCACUAAACUUAAUUACAAAUAAAAUAAAAAUGAUUAUAAUGCGUUUAGUGAUGCUCUAAUGUGUUUAUCUCACAACAGGAACAAAAGAGCACUGUGUAACUUUCUGAUGAAGAAUCUGCAUAUUUCCCUGGAAUUGUUAUUGCUGUGCCUGGAAUGUCCCACGGUAUGACAAGAAAGCUGUCGCCAGUUCAGAUUACAGCCUUCUUUGUCUAGUCUCUGAGGAGCAGCCCUCCCUGACCCCCCCUGCAGGAUGGAAGUGGCCCUGCACGACCCCGGCACGUUCAGACGCUCUCCGGGACGAGGGAGCCCCCUGCCCCUGAGACCCCUGGUGGCGGAGAGAAGUCGCAGCAGCACCCCCACUCACCUGCUCGAAACAAAGUUUUAUGGCAAACUGAAAAGCAACAGUCUGAUCCAAGCAGAGCCGGCAGAAGUUCACUUCAGUGGUUUUCAGCUGGGAAAGAAAUACUGCAGCACUUUGCAACUCAUCAACAUCUCCACCGAGGUCAUGAAUAUUCACAUCCUCCCCACUCAAACCAAGUACUUCCAAACAACUUACACCAAAAAGCAUCGACUGGUCCCCGGGCUCGCGUACGCCGUCAAGAUCCAUUUCUGUCCCGAUGAGUGGCGCUACUUUUAUGACAGCGUUCGGGUUCACUGCAAGGGCGAGGAGAACCUGUUAAUUCCAGUUCAUGGUUACCCUGUGAUCGAUGACCUGUACAUCCCGUCACACAUCAACCUCCGGGCCACAGCGCUGCAGCAGAGCGUCUCUCGUGCUAUUCCUCUGAGAUGCAGCUGCCCCAUCGACUUUGAGUUUCAGAUCUUUGUUAUCGAGAACAGCCAGGCUUUCUCCAUACAACCUCUCGCUGGUGUGAUUCCAGCCAACAGUCAAGUGGAUAUCGUUGUGACCUUUACUCCUGUCCAAUAUGAGACGGCGCAAAUCACUUUCAAGCUGGUCGUCUCCCAGUUCAACACUAAACCAUUUCUGUGCACUGUCACUGGUUCCUCUAAGCCCCAUGUUGCCCUCAGCCAGGUGGAGAAAAAGUUGGGGCAUAAAGAAGCCGCUGCACCUGCGUCUCAAGUGGCGACUCGAUGCAAAACAUGGUCGACCAAGAUUUCAGUCAAACCCAAGAAAUUAAAAGAGAAGGAUUCGAAGCAUCAAAUCGACAUCUUAACACACGGAGGAGUUGCAAAAAUGAUGAUCAGGGAAACCAGUAAACUCCACUCCAAGGCCUUAAAAGAAGAUUUCACGCUGAGCCGCCAAGUAAAGGAGGCCCUGUUCCUCAAAAAAGUAACCGAGAAUGAGAGGAACAGACAAGAGCGCUGUCGGCAAUGGCAGGUGGACCAUGUGGGAGAGGAGCCCGUGUGUGGAAAGAGGAGGAGGGACAUUCUGGAGGAGAGAGAGGAGGCCCUGCAAAUGUAUACAAAGGCUCAAAGAGGAGAGGCAACAGAACAGAGAGAGAUUUAUUUUGGAAAACCUCUACUGUCAAAUGAAAGAGUGGUUUUAGACGUUGGACAGACUCCAGAUAUCACCCCAGAGUUCCAGUUCCACCCGUGUAUAAACUGGGACUUUAAACACAGAUGCCUUGAACUCUUCCAGCAGGCUGCGUAUAAGAUUGUGAUCCAGUGCCGUAUGAAUAGGAGGCUGCUCUCUCUGAGGAAACUGAUCAAGGAAAUGAAAGAGCCUCGGACCACACAAGAAGAAACAGCAGUGGUGCAGUGUACGAGGAUCUCUCCAGAAAAACUCUUCAUAUUCUCCCACCCCACUUUCUCAGCCGAGGACGACCCCCUGGCACUUGAUUUGUCUCCUUUACCUGCUGCUCCUACUGAAUGGUCUAUAACAACAAGCGUACCCUUCUUCAAACUGAAAGUUCCGCAGCACUUUAAACUCAUGGGCUACGAACCUGUCUCAACUUUAGAUGCAUACACUUCUUAUAUUCCCACAACCUUGGCCAGACCGCUGCGCUCUCCGCCUGAAGAGGAAGAAGCCGAGGAGGGCGCUGCAAAGGAUCAUGGGAGUCAAGCUGUUGAGCAUGAGGAAAAGACAGAAGGACUGGAACCAAAGUUAAAAGAUCUUAUAAGUUAUAAAUUCACUGCACCUGAUUUUCAACCUGCUCCAGCUCAUCCGCUUCGCAUCUUUAAUCCAGCUCCAGGACUCCACGCCCAUCGUCCAACUCCGAAAUAUUUGGAAAGCUAUCCUGAGUACUACCUGUGCCCACAACAGACAUACCAACAAAAAGCUUCUAAUGACGCCUCUGCUGUCACUCAGGACUACCUCAUGGACAAGGAAGUAGCUGAGGAGAUAAUGACUUGGAAGAAAGACUUUGGCACCAUUCUGUCCAACUGUCUGUCCAAACAUCGCUCUCAAACCCACAUGGAACUCCCGAGCAGGUCCAGCUACAAUAAAGAAUUCCUCCCUGUUCAAGCACCUUAUCUCCAAAGUCUGCCGGAUGAGCUGAGCCACUUGAAGGACAAACCGCCGACAACAUCUCCAGUUGAACUCACUCCGGAGAUGGUAAAAGCUGAGAUGCUCAAAGUGUUUCAGAGUGAGGUGCCAAAACCAUCCAGGUCAGAACCGCCAAAACCAGUGAAGAAAGAACUCAAGAAAGACAACAAGAAGUGAAGUGAAGUAUUUUUAAAGGGUCUAUAUUACACAGUUUUCUGAUCUACGUUAUAAUGUUGUUUUCUCA